GCAGAAAUGUUUGUUUUCUCUUUUAGCUUAAAUGUGCUACCUACAUCCAUUUUGUAUGGCUCCAUGACUUAACCAUUUUUCAAGGAUACACGAAACUACCUAUAACCGCUUUGGAAACAUUUAACCCAGUACACCUACAGUAUGCUCUGAGCUAAUUGGCUGCUUGGUCUCCUAUGUCACAAUGGCCUCAUGCAACAGUAAGCAGUAUCUAAAGUUACAGUAGUGAGGCAGGGAUUUCUUUACUAUCUAAGCUUUUUCUCUCUAAUCAAACAUCUGAAACUCAAGACAUCUUUGGAAAGCUCUUGCUGAAACAUGUUGGAAGACAGCGUAUCUUAUUUUCACCCAGAAGAUAAUUUUUCCUUCCUCAUUCCUAAUUGAUUGUCAACAGAUGUGGCAGCCGAGGCUGUUGGUUGGGGUUGGCUCUUAAAGUCCUUCCGGAAAGACAGAGAUGAACCCUCUUCAGACUGGUCCUUGGCAAACCAGUGCUCCAUCCUUCUGGCUUCUGAAAUUCAGUUUUAUCUGGCUUGUCAGUCAGAACUGUUGUACAGCGAGUGCAGUUUGGACUGCGUACAUGAACAUAUCAUUUCACGUGGGGAACCGCAUGCUGUCAGAGCUGGGCGAGACUGGGGUCUUUGGGAGAAGCUCCAUCUUGAAGAGAGUAGCAGGAGUUGUUGUGCCACCAGAGGGAAAAAUUCAAAAUGCUUGUGACCCCAAUACCAGUUUCAUCCUGCCGCGGAACAAAGAGCCGUGGAUUGCACUCAUUGAAAGGGGAGGUUGUGCCUUCACACAGAAAAUCAAAGUGGCAUCUGAGAACGGAGCCAGGGGAGUGAUCAUCUAUAACUUUCCGGGGACUGGCAACCAGGUUUUCCCCAUGUCUCACCAAGCAUUUGAAGACAUCGUUGUAGUUAUGAUUGGUAACGUCAAAGGUAUGGAGAUUUUGCAUUUAAUUCGGAAGGGAGUCCAUGUUACGGUCAUGGUUGAGGUGGGAAGAAAACACGUCAUUUGGCUGAAUCAUUAUUUUGUCUCCUUUAUGAUCGUCACAACGGCCACAUUAGCGUAUUUCACUUUUUAUCAUAUUCGGAGACUCUGGGUGGCAAGAAUCGAGGACAGGAGAUGGAAACGAUUAACAAGAGAGCUCAAGAAAGCUUUUGGGCAGCUGCAAGUUCGAAUAUUAAAAGAGGGGGAUGAGGAAGUGAGUCCAAAUGCGGACAGCUGCGUCAUCUGCUUUGAAGCCUAUAAGCCUAAUGAAAUAGUUCGUAUUCUCACGUGCAAACAUUUUUUCCACAAGAAUUGCAUUGACCCCUGGAUUCUAGCCCAUGGCACAUGCCCCAUGUGCAAAUGCGACAUUCUGAAAGCUCUGGGGAUUCAGAUGGACAUUGAGGAUGGAUCAGACUCUCUGCAAGUUCUGAUGUCAAAUGAAUUGCCUGGAACCUUUUCAGCUAUGGAAGAAGAGCUGAACAAUGAACUUCCUCCUGCAAGAACUUCAAGUAAAGUGACCCAUGUGCAGGAGCACCCUACUUCUGUGAACGUUGGCAGCCAGCCUCCCGAAGCAGAGGAAACUGGUCAUCCUUCAUUUGGACAGCAUGACCUUUGAGCAAGUGGAUUAAACCUGUUUGUCAAGUCAGGUCCUCAUGA